AUGACCGUCGCGCGCGACCAUGACAUCGAUGACCAUGACACCUCUUUUACGUCAUUCGGCGGUGAGCGCCCUCCGUUUGAGCGCAUUCCGGUGCCGUCAAUGGCGUCAAAGGAGUACACGGAAAACCUCCCCGCUUUUGACAGCGACAGGCCGAUGCCCCCUCCACGUAGUGUAUUUGAACGUUUUUCGCGUGUGAUGCAGCUGCAAUUUGGACAGGACCCGGACAUGCCGCUUUUAGGGAGUCGUGCGGAGCGAAAAUACAGGAGCUGGUUGGACUAUGUGACAAGCCCCCCGUCACCACUGCUUCCUCGUAACUACGUAGACGCAUAUACUCGCCCAAAUCCUUGUCCCGAGGAAUACUGGUGGGCCUCAUGGAGGUGGCCGCGGAUUAAAUACGUGAACGCCAAGGUUCCACCUCCCGUAGACGGGAAAUACAACGACUACUAUCAUUACCUGGCCUACAAGAACUGGAUGGAACGUGAGCGCGAUGUGUACGUGGCGCACGCGAACUUGGUUAACGAAAUGGCUAUGCGGUGUCUAGUGAAGGAAGGACAGUACAACGCCGCCAAGAAUUGUCGCCAUCUUUAUCAUAAGGGAUUUGCCAUGUCUCGGAUGGAGGAGCUUAAUCAGACUCUGCUGUACAUGGCGCUCACGGGGAACGCGGCUAUCCGUGAGACACCAUAUCCAGAGAACUUUGUGGAAGAAAAGCGGAAGAUCUAUGACGAUUGGCUGUUCCGCACACGCAUGAAGAAACCUGGGGAUGUCGCAUAG